GAACGCCAACAGCGGCUCGCUUGAGAGACACUCUCCUCCAACCCCACCCCUCCCUCCCUUGGCCGCUCUACCAGCCAACUCGCCUCCUCCCUCUAGCGCUCUGAGGGGACCGACACCCGACCCGCGUUGUCCGCUGGUUGCUUGGAGUGGAGAAAUUAGGCGGCGUUUCUAAUUUGUUGCGUCGAUCUUUGGAUUUCGUCAGAUCUUGGGGUUCUCACCACUAGAAUUAUUCCGGUUUUAAGGGGUCGUGACCAUGUCGGCUCCAGAGCAACAAGGACAAACGGAGGAGUAUGCAGGCAAUCCCAUUCCAAUGACACCGCAUCAAAUGGCGUUGCUUCUCGAGGAAAUCGCUAAGCUCGACACGGAGCGUUUGAUCCUCGAGCCUGGCGUCAUGCUCGCUGAUACUGGAACAGUCCUUAAUCUUAAUCUGAUCCGUCAGAAGGCCCUGAGUCCCGCCUACACGCUACCAGAGAUGCUUAUGGAUCUGAACUCUAUCUGCGAGCCGUUUCUAAAUCAGAGCCCGAGCCAUGCACAAUACGCCAAGGGCUUUCUCGAAAACGCAAACGAGGCUAUCGUUAUCGCGGUCAGAGACGCUCAAGUCAGUUCAGGCGGCUACCCGGCCGAUGGAACGGUCGCCGUCGCGAACGGCGAUCCGAACCAGCCGCAAGGCCACGUGCAGUACGCCCAGCCGGGGCAAGAUCCCCAGCAGCAGUACCAGCAGCAGCCGCAAUACCAGCAGCAACCGCAGCAGUAUCAACAACAACCGCAGCAGUACCAACAGCAACAGCAGCCGCAGUACCAGCAGCAGUACCAACAACAACCGAUGCCGCAUCAACAGCAGCAGUACCAGCAGCAACCGCCGCCGCAGCAGCAGCAGCAGUACGUGCAGCAAGACGGAACGAUGUACGCUCCGCCGAACGGUAUGGUGAACCAGCAGAACGGACAGGGGAUGAACGGAACGGCCGGCAACUCCUGGGUGAUGCAAGUCGUCGGAGAUGACGGUAACGGUCAGACGGCGCCUGGCGGCGGCAUGCAGAACCAGCACCAGCACCCGCACCAGCACCAGCAGCCGCCGCCGCCACAUCAUCAGCAGCAGCAACAGCAACAGGGGGGGUAUCACCAGCAGCAGAACGGCAUGGUGCAGCAGGGAGGGCAGAUGGUGGGGUACCAACCGCAGCACCAGCAGCACCCGCACGGGUCCAUGCCUGGUGGCCAACCCAUGCCCAACGCCCCUGGUCACAUGGGGGGAAUGCCAGAAACGGUCGGCGACUCGUCGUUCGUCUCUAAGAAGCGCCAGCGGGUGGAGAAACCGGGCGGCGCGGGGCCCCCCGGCGCGCCACCAAUGAAGGCCACGUCGUCAGCGCCCCGGUCGCGCGUGGAGGGGCGGCGGUGCGAGGUGUGCGCGGUGAUUAAGAAGGCCGGGUGUGGCACGGAAAACGCACACUUCAGGUGCCUGAAGCGGAAGCUUCCGGAAGGCGCGCAGGAGCUGGAGCGGAGAGUGGGGGAGCUGGUGGAUGUGGGGAAGGAGGAGAGAGUCACAGUGUGGAAUCCCAAGGAGGGGAGGAAGCUCAGCGGGCAGGCGGCUCCUAUGCUGAAGAAUCUGGUCGGGUGGCUGGCGAGUCAUCCCGGGUGGGAGGCGCAUCCCCGAGGGUCCAGCCCUGUUGCCAGAAAGGUAACGAACAACGCACCGCCAGCGCCGCCUCCCCAGCCAGGCCCACCCGGUCACCUCGCUCCUGUGCCCAUGCCGGCGCCUGUCCCUCAACAAGACCCCAUCCCCUCGUGAACAUGAGGCGUUUCUUCUGAGGAUUGACCAGGCUUCAGGGGGGAGAGGAAGACAGGGCAAGAAGAGGGGGGGGAGGGGGAGGGGGAGGGGAGGAGGAAGAUACGUUGUUGGAAGCGGCUUUGGCUUUGCUGCUAGUUACAUUCUUACCGGUAUGUUACAGCGAAGACCAGGGCUGGUCAUGAUGUAUCGUGAUCAUGAUCACUGGGCGCUUGAGAGCUGCUGAUUGAAUCGGGGGCUUCUUCUUACCAAGGGGGCUGAGUUGCAUCCCCCUUACAGGGUGUCUACAUGCGAAGUUUCAAGUAAAUGCUCAGUACAAGCUCAGGUGGAAGGUCAGGUGAAAGUUCAGGUAGAAAUGGUGGAAUAAGAAGGGAGCGGCAGUAGGGGGGCUUUUAGGGGGUGGGGUGGUGGUGCAGGGGGUUCGGCCGGACCUCAGGAGGGUGUAACAGCUAGUCAGGUUGGGUUGGGUCUGACUGACUCAUGCUGAUUGUUGAAUGUUGCCUGGCAUGGCAUGGCACAGCUCUGCAUGGUUGUAGCUUAUACGCUGAUGGCUGUGCAUGUCUGUUGCUUGUUGUAACAGUUGAAACACUUCAGUUUUAGUUGUAUGGAAUGUUCAGCCAA